CGGGAAGUUCGUGAUUCACGCGCAGUCCAGCUGUUAUAACUUAUUUCUUUUAGCAAGACAGGCGUUUGUGUGCACCGUUGGAUGACUGUCUGUGUUGCCAAAUUGUUAGGACAAAAGUGAGUCCUGUUCAUCACCGGUGUCGGUGUUUUUUCUGCAGGUCAUGGGGUCUCUGUUCCGCAGUGAAGAAGUCUGUCUGGUACAGCUCUUCCUCCAGUCUGGAUCGGCUUACAACUGUGUCAGUGAACUGGGAGAACUGGGAAUUGUGGAGUUCAGAGAUUUGAAUCCAAAUGUGAAUGCGUUCCAGAGAAAGUUUGUGAGUGAAGUAAGGAGAUGUGAAGAGUUGGAGAAAACAUUUGUAUUUUUGGAGCAGGAGAUCAUUCGCAGUUUCUCUCAGAAACUACAACCGCCCAUUCCCAUCCCUCCUGCCCCCCAGCCCAGAGAACUCCUCACCAUCGAGGAGGAGAGUGAGCGCUUGUCCCGUGAACUCAAGGAGGUGUCCAGGAACAGAGACAACCUCCGAUCUCAGUAUACUCAGCUGUGUCAGUACAGAGGAGUUUUAAAACAGACACAUUCACUCACGGCAUCACAGGCCCCGCUGGUCUCGUUUGACCCUGUGGGUCUGGUAGAGAACAGGCAGGACGUCAGGCUGAGCUUUGUGGCUGGCGUGGUCCACCCGUGGAAAGCGCCCGCAUUUGAGAGGCUGCUAUGGCGAGCUUGUCGUGGUUACAUCAUUGUGGACUUUCAUGAGAUGGAAGAGAAACUUGAACAUCCUGAUUCUGGGGAAGAGGUACAGUGGACCGUGUUUUUAAUUUCAUUCUGGGGAGAUCAGAUCGGACAGAAAGUGAAGAAGAUCUGUGAUUGCUUCCACACACAAACGUUUCCUUACCCCGAGAACCAGGCAGAGAGAGAAGAGACUCUGAAUGGACUUAGAGGACGAAUCGAAGACAUUAAAUCAGUGAUGGGUGAGACGGAGCAGUACAUGCAGCAGUUGCUGGUUCGAGCAUUGGCUCGUCUGCCCGAGUGGUGUGUUCAAGUACAGAAGUGUAAGGCUGUGCAGAUGGUGCUGAACUACUGCAGCCCGUCCGUCACAGAUAAAUGUCUGAUCGCAGAAGCCUGGUGCCCCGUCAGCCAGCUGCCCACCCUGCAGAGCGCCCUGCGAGAGGGAGGGAGGAAAAGUGGCAGUAGUGUGGAUUCUUUCUAUAACCGUUUGCCGGCCACUACCUCUCCUCCCACACUGUUCCCUACCAAUGCCUUCACUGCAGGAUUCCAGAACAUUGUGGAUGCUUACGGAGUAGCGAGCUACAGGGAGGUUAACCCAGCUGUGUACACCAUCAUCACAUUUCCCUUCCUGUUUGCUGUCAUGUUUGGAGAUGUUGGGCACGGCCUUCUGAUGACACUAGCGGCACUCUGGAUGGUUCUGGAGGAGAAAGACCCAAAACUGAGGAACAGUACUAAUGAGAUCUGGUGUAUGAUGUUUGGAGGUCGAUAUCUGAUUCUGCUGAUGGGGUUGUUUUCUAUCUAUACUGGAGCCAUUUACAAUGAGUGUUUCAGUAGAGGCCUCAGCACCUUCUCUUCCGGGUGGCAUGUCCAGCCCAAUGCAGAGCACUACAACUGGACAGAGGAGACAUUCAAAAGUAAUCAGUAUCUCUCGCUGGAUCCCAACAUCACAGGUGUUUUCACCGGCCCAUAUCCUUUUGGAAUUGAUCCUAUUUGGGGUCUAACCAGUAAUCACUUGACAUUCCUCAACAGCUAUAAGAUGAAGAUGUCUGUCAUUAUUGGGGUCAUUCACAUGACUUUUGGUGUGUGUUUGUCCAUGUUCAACUACAUUCACUUUAGAGAGAUCAGUAGUAUAUUUCUGGUGCUGAUCCCAGAGCUAUGCUUCAUGCUGUGUCUGUUUGGAUACCUGGUCUUCAUGGUGAUCUAUAAGUGGGUGGUGUAUGGCCCUCUGAACUCUGACUCCGCCCCCAGCAUCCUCAUCCACUUUAUAGACAUGUUCCUGUUUACUGAGAACAAGGACAACAAACCACUGUAUGAGGGCCAGAUGACAGUGCAGAAGAUUCUGGUGAUUGUGGCACUAUUGUCUGUUCCUGUGCUGCUCCUGGGAAAACCAAUCCAAGAAUACAUCACGUACAGGAAGAAGAAAACUCAGUUUACAGGGGACCGGCGUCAUCUGCUUGCUGAAAACGGCUCAGUAAACUCUCGCCAGGGAGAUGUGGAUGAUCAAGAGGAGGAGUUCGAUGCUUCGAACGUGUUCAUGCACCAGGCCAUUCACACUAUCGAGUACUGUCUGGGGUGCAUCUCCAAUACGGCCUCGUACCUGCGACUCUGGGCCCUCAGCCUGGCUCAUGCCCAGUUGUCUGAGGUGCUCUGGCUGAUGGUAAUGCAGAAUUCAUUCAAGCAGCUCAGUUAUGUGGGGAGCGUUAUUAUGGUUGUUAUAUUUGCUGCCUUUGCUGUGCUGACCAUAUCUAUCCUGCUCGUCAUGGAAGGCCUUUCCGCUUUCCUGCACGCUCUUCGACUUCACUGGGUGGAGUUUCAGAAUAAGUUCUACAGUGGAUCAGGCUACAAGCUCAGUCCAUUCGCCUUCUCGUCUAUAAUCAGUGCCUCCUCUCUCAAUUGACACAUGAGUUAAUUCUAACAGUCCUGAGAUUUCAAAGAAUGAUAGUUAUGUUACUGUUAGCGCACACACACAUUUUAAAAUUAAUCCUUUGUUUUAGCAUCUUUGUUUUCUUUUUACAUUUUUGCUUGAUUGCCACUAUACUUAAAGCUGGACCUGAAAAGUGAAAGGGACGUUUUAGAGAUUUGUCAUGAAUCCACAUCCAUAAAUUUGAAACUUUGAAACUGUAACGAGUACAUGGCUUACACAUGAGUUCAAGAUAAAAGUCUUUUAGUUUCAUGAACAUUCAUUUUAAUUAUGCCCACAUGAAUUAAAAAGUUCUUUUAACUCCCCUAAUGGUCAAAUAUUCUGUAAUCAGGUCUGCAUGAUGAGUGUACUUUUAUGAUGAUAAUGUUAGUACACUGUAAACUUGUAACCUAUCUACCGGUAAGUACAGUUUAACACUUUAAAGGGAUAUUCCAGGUUCAGUACAAGUUAAGAUCAAUUGACAGCAUUUGUUGCAUAAUAUUGAUUGCCACAAAAAAAAAAAAGUCGAAGAGCGUUUUUUUUUUACUUGAUUUAAAAAACAAAGCAAAAAUCAUGGUUACAGUGAGGCAGUUACAAUUGAAGUGAAUGGGGCCAGUCCAUAAACAUAAAAAUGCACACUGUUUCAAAUGUAUAGCCACAAGUCGUAAACAAUAUGUGUGUUAACAUGAUUUUAGUGUGAUUAGAUCACUUACCAACUUAAUGGUGUAAAGUUGCAUCCAAUUUUACGAUUUUGUUGCCAUGACGAUGCAAUGCCGUAAACCCUAUAAUGGAUUUUCAUCACACUAAAUUAUGUAGAACAGAUUUUAUCACACUAAAAUCAUGUUAACAUGUGAAAUGUUUACAUCUUGUUGCUAUACUUUUUAAACUGUGUAUUUUAAAGUUUAUGGACUGGCCCCAUUCACUUCCAUUGUAAAUGCUUAACUGUAACUGCCAUUUUUAAAUAAACAUGGGACGAGUUGAAAAUAUUUUUGUGGCAAUCAGUGUUAUGCCACACAUGCUGUCAAUUGAGCUUAAUUUGUAUUGAACCCAAAGUAUUCCUUUAAGUACAAACAGUUUAUUGUGAAAAACUGAGUUUGUCAUGUGAGAAUGUGUUUGUAUAACGUACAUUCCUUUUCCCUAAAUAAGGAAAGCUCUUAAAAAGGACAAUUUUCUCAGAAUGAACUAACAAAAUAAGAUGUAUUCGUGCAGUAUUCAAUGCAAGUUAACUCAAUCAUUCUAUGUGUUAAUCAAUACCUUGAUUUAUGGUAUGAUCUAAAGGGAAUAAUAUUUCAUCCAGAUGCUCUUUUAUUAUUGCUUCUCUGUUAUUAUGAUGAAAUUUUGUUUACACUCUUUGAGCUGAAUCACAGUGGUGUUGCAGAAGUACAGUAGAACUCACUACUAUAUGAAUAAAAUAAGACCAAAUCUAAAACCAAAGUCUCUCAAUACGCAAGGUGUUGUAUUUGAUAUAUUAUGUAUUUUGCACUACUUUUCUUAUACAUAUUUUCAGUGAUAUUUUUAAAAUGUAAAUCGCUUUUUUGAGGUUGCACCAAAGCAGGUCAGCACUUUGACUGGGCAAAAAGACAUUGCAAUCAAUGGUUUACUUGCACCACUUUCAUGCAUCAAAUGGGGUAAAGCUGGCUUUCAAUGGAAGACCAAGGAAAGUCCUUGUACUGAGGCCUUUUAUUUUCUCUCAUGUGUCUGUCUGAUACCCGUUUCGUUUGUGAACGAAUCUAUUAAAUGAAAAAAAUAAUCUCGCUCACUUCCAUAAACUGAGUAUUUCAGCUGAUUUUGGAUCUGCUGACUGAUGGAACCAGCAUGUUGGUCACAACAAGUCUCUUAAAUAGGGCGACUAGAUGACCAUGACAAAAAAAAUGGAACCCUUAAGGGAACUCAAGCCUUAUGCUUUAACACUGUCUCUGCCAUCCAAAAGUGUGUUGAACGCACAAAAGUUUUAUUUUUCAAGACUUAUCUGUCAAACGUGAGCAUUUGUUUUUUUUUUAGCAAGGUGUAAAAUCUGGAUAGUUAUAUGUACUACCCGAGUUCCCAGCCAUGCACCAGAACAUGAAUAAAUUAUACAAAUUACUGUG